GGACCAUUCAAGUUCAAUCGCACCACGCCCCUGCAAGAUGCGCGCGGUCAUGAUCCUCUCAGCAGUCUUCGCUCUGCUUUUCGUCGCUUUAGCCGCGGCGUUGCCGCCCACCGGGACGACAAUUCAACGCAUUACAGGGCCCUAUGCUGCACGCGCUGCCGCUGCUCCGGCAUCGUCCUCGUCGCCCUCUGCUGUCCGACGCAGCCCUGCCAGGCGCGACGUUGCGGUCCAGAACAACCUGGUUGCUCCUGAUCUCUCGACAUUCCUUUGCCCAAGCGACACCCACGCUUGUCCCAUCGACAACUCUCCGAUGCCCGCUACGCUGCUCGACUGGAUGUACGAAUGUGUGGAUUUCGCUACCGACCUCACGUCGUGCGGAGGAUGCUCUGCGCUUGACUCAAGCCGUGAUUGCACUGCGAUUCCCAACGCCCUUGCCGUAUCCUGCGUUCGAGGCGGCUGCGCGGUGCAGUCCUGCGAGCCGGGAUAUAUCCCCAGCGCUGAUGGCAAGACCUGUCUUAGCGUUGGAACGCAGCUGUAAAUGGAAGCUUGCUACCUGCACAACAUGCGCCCCGCUCCGGCCGGGCGUCCUCGGGACGAGUCCAACGAUUUACCCAGCGAACCACGGCGCCUAGAGUCACAAAUAGCGAUCAGCUCGCACAGGGCCAUCCGCACGGUCCUCGAUGCACCUCAUGACGCGGCCUAUGAUCACAAUCAGGUCUAAACAGUAAAUAAAAACCACUCAAUUACCACGGCGAUUAUUUGGGACGCUCUCGAACUCUCGUUGUCGUAUGAUCACCUUGCUCUAACUAUAGACUUUCUAUUCGCCACCACGACUAGAGACUGUACUACCUCACGCCCCACCUCAUGGCGCUAUGAUCUGGGCAGCGAUUCUCCGAAGGCAGAGAACAUGUAUCCUUUUCCAGCCCUCAUGGACAGUUGUAUUUCACCUGGGGACAGUUUAGGCUGUUGUAAUAUUCAUUUUUUGUACGAGCUCGGAUAUUCCCAUCGCUUUUCUGUCCGGUUAUGUACAAACUGCCAUUCAUCCUACUCAUCCUCCACCCGCAGCGCGUCUGAUUUGCUCGCCGAUGUAGUCUGGAAAUGAUGAUUGGGACUCAAGUAUCAACGAUUCACGAUCACGUGUUAUAGCGUUCAUUGC